AUGCAAGCUGAAUAUAGUACUCCAAUUCCUCCUUCAUAUAAUGAUGAUGAAGAUGAUGAAGAUAACACCACAGACAAGAAUGAUUUAGAAGAGAAGGAUGAUAAUCGACUAAAUAUGAAUAAAAGAGAAAAUUUAGAAUUGGAAUUGCAAAACAAAAUUAAUGAAAUGAAUAAUUGGAUUUUACGAGAAUUCUGA